AUCUCAACCAAAUAUUAUGUUGACGCCUGAUGCAAGGAUACCCAAGGUAAAAUGCACCUGAGGUCAUUCGCCUAAGGGUUUACAUCAAGAUGUAAGCGAAAUUCACUUGAACGGAACCGUCCAAACUGAGUGAAUCCGCCAAUUGACAAGAGAAACUACUCAAAAUGGAGGCCGAGUGGGCCUUCGAUGACACGUUGUCGCCCGCCUUCGACCGCCUGCCCUCUGUGCCGAACUCCUCGAUGGAUGUGGAGGCUGACAAUGAGGUGGCCUUGGGCAACUGGUCGGCCAUGGGCAACUUCACCCGCCUCGUGGCCGCCGCCGCUCCCGAAAUAGCCAAUUUUACACUCAACAUGCUGGACUUGGGCGUGGGCCUAGCCACGGAUGUGUCCAACCUGAGCGUGGCCACCACGCCUCUGCCCGCCUAUGCGAUCGCCAACAGCUCCUCGCUGGCGCACACCAACAGCCGGCAUGAAGCGCCGCCAAUGGCGGAACAGGUGCCGGAGCAUGUGAUGGACCACGCUCCCCAGCUUUCACGUUCCGGAUUAAUGAAGGUCUAUGUCCUGGCUGUGAUGGCGCUGUUCUCGCUGCUGGGCAACCUGCUGACCAUUUGGAACAUUUACAAGACCCGCAUCUCGCGGCGGAACUCGCGGCACACCUGGAGCGCCAUCUAUUCACUGAUGUUUCACCUGUCCAUCGCCGAUGUGCUGGUCACUUGGUUCUGCAUAAUCGGCGAGGCCGCCUGGUGCUACACGGUCCAGUGGCUGGCCAACGAGCUCACCUGCAAGCUGGUGAAGCUUUUUCAAAUGUUCAGCCUUUAUCUCAGCACUUACGUCCUGGUUCUAAUUGGCGUGGAUCGAUGGAUAGCGGUCAAGUACCCAAUGAAGUCUCUCAACAUGGCCAAGAGGUGUCACCGGCUGCUCGGUGGCACCUACAUUCUGUCGCUGGUGCUCAGCUUGCCACAGUUCUUUAUCUUUCACGUGGCACGUGGCCCCUUCGUUGAGGAGUUCUACCAGUGCGUAACCCACGGAUUCUACACGGCGGACUGGCAGGAGCAGAUGUACGCGACCUUCACGCUGGUCUUCACCUUUCUGCUGCCACUUUGCAUACUCUUUGGCACCUACAUGUCCACUUUUCGGACCAUUUCCAGCAGCGAGAAGAUGUUCCAGGGAUCAAAGUUGGCCAACUACUCCACGGCCAAGCUGCCCACGCAAACGAACCGCCAGCGGCUGAUACACAAGGCCAAGAUGAAGUCGCUACGCAUCUCGGUGGUGAUCAUCAUAGCGUUCCUCAUCUGCUGGACGCCCUACUACGUCAUGAUGAUUAUGUUCAUGUUCCUCAAUCCCGACAAAAGGCUGGGCGACGAUCUGCAGGAUGCCAUCUUCUUCUUUGGUAUGUCCAACAGCCUGGUCAACCCGCUCAUCUACGGCGCCUUCCACCUGUGUCCUGGCAAGGGCGGCAAAUCCGGCGGCGGUGGCGGCAACAACAACGCCUACAGCCUAAACAGGGGCGAUUCGCAACGCACUCCCUCAAUGCUAACGGCGGUGACGCAGGUGGACGGAACCGGGGGCAGUUCCCGGCAAAUGCGUGCCUUUCGCCAGCAGAGCUACUACCGCAGCUCUAGCAACGGCACCGGCGGAGGCGCAGUAGGAGGCACUGCCUUCAAGGAGCAAGUUGGCCUUCUGCAUGUGGGUCCAGGCACGGGUCCAUCCGGCGGCUCAGUCUCUCUUCCAGGCGGCAGCAGUGGUCCCACGCCGCAGCUGAUGCGUAAGGGCUCCGCCCUUCUGGCCCGGCAUCCCAGCUGCCUGAGAGAGCAGGAGAACCAGCAGCAACAGCGGCUCCUGCUGCAGAACCAGCCCUCAACACUGGUCCUCAGCUACGACAGCCAUCGGGGAGGAGUGGGCGUGGGCGUGGCCCAUGCCGGGCUGUUGGACAACAACGAGCGGGUGUCAAGCGUGUGAGAGCAGCUGGCGAUGGCGGCAACAAUGGAUGCAGCGGCGGAUGCAGCGGACGCAGCGGAUAUGGUGAAGGUGGACACCGAUGCCUGCUCCUGCUGCCAUUGCCUGAGCAGGGAGCUGGUGCGACGGCAGCUAGAACUCCAAGAGCUUCCAGUGCAGUAAGAGGCGACUGCUAGCCAAGAGUGAGAGAUGUGAGGGGGAUCCUGGCCAGCGGGAACCGAGUGAAGGCGUCGAUGAUCUGAUCACCGGGGCGUGCAACUUGUGCUUAGUUAAUGCUAAUCGAGAGUUAAGUCUUCAAACACAAUGGGUGUGCUUAGGCGUAGCGUAGGAUUAGACUUAGAUCGUACAAAAUGGUUGCCCACCAAUGGGGGUAACUCCUGGUCAAAAAGGCCUGAAUUUUAAGGCAAGUAACACUAAAACUGUGUUAUGUUUUUAAUAUACUAAAUAAAUCAGCUAGUUUUUGAUAAUUAAAAUCUGUGUAUUCCUUCAUAACCUUUAACUAAAGUGUUUAAAGUAAAGAUCAAUAUCAAUAAAUGAAUUAAUUCCCAAACUAGUUGAACAAAGUUGCAAAAAGUAAAUUCAAUUUCAAUUAAAUUGUCCAUUUUGCAUUUAUUAACUUGCAAAUUAAGUCAGCAAUACAACAAAUGAGUUCCUCUCAAUUGCUGGGCAACUUUGUAAGGUUAAUUAAAACCAAAUGUCAGUUUAACGUUUUGUUUUAUCUACUCUCCCCUAAGUUACACAAAAUUUAUUGUCCCACUUGAGUGUAUAAACAGCCAAAAACAGGGUAAACAUUAAAUUUGUAAAUAAUAUAAUUUAACUCUUUAUGUGGUUGCCACAAUUUAAACUAAGAGAACGAUUCUUCAGAAAUGUUAAAUGUAUUUUUAAGAAUAUUGGAAUAAAAAAGAAAAUCCUUAGCCUUAGACUUUUACAAUUAAGAAGAAACCAUUUUACAUCUGAGUGUUUCAUUUAAUUUAAGAAACUUGCCCUCAGUAGUUCCAAGAUCUGUCACUCAUCCCCCCAGUCAUAUUCAUACUUUAUAAUUGGGUUUUUUGGAAUUUGAAGUGACCUUUAAUUACUUUUCAUGGAAUUGUAGCUCUUCCGCUGCAUGUAAGUGUCAGUCUCCCAACAUAUUCAAUGAUUUUCCACCCACAACUGGAAUUAUCCCUUGAAACACACAAGUUACAGUGAAACACCACAAUUCAAUUUGGGCAAAAAGUCCCUCGGCAUGAAAGGAUAACGCCGCUGCCAAUUCGAAUUUCGGUGGCCAGUGGACGGUGGAGUCGGGAGCCUACACAUGUAUGCCAUUAGUGGAAGCCCCUGCACAUUAUGGGAAUCCGCCGCAGGGACGUUCAAAUUUCCACAAUGCCGCAUGUUUAUGUUUAUGCUCAUCUAUCCCACAUCCGCAAUUCCACUUCCCGUUUGCAUAUUCAUGCGCCCUCCCUCACUUUGCUGCGUACUUAUGUAUAAAUAAUCUGUGUCAAAUUUGUAUAGUUUAUUUUUU